AUGCCGGCUCCCUGCACCUCCCACGGGCACCUGCAGGGGACAGAAGACGCGGGGGCUUCAGCACAGCUCACCUGGGCAGGACCUGUUCUCGCACAAGUGUCGCUGCCCUCCCACGAACCACCCCGCACCACGCCCCAAUCCCCUGCCACGCCAUCGCGUGGGGUCCGGAAAACAGCACCAGUGCUACAGAGGGACCCCGCGCGUAGGGGUCCCGUCCCCCCGCGUCCCUCCCUGCGGGACCCCGUUCCCUCUCCUCCCGCCGCCGGACCCCAACCCGACGUGCCCCCACCCACUCCGGUGACAGGGGAGCGGGGUGUCGCAGCGUGUCCCCGCUGUUUAGCGACCGGCCGCCCACCCUCGCCCAGUCCCCGUCGGCCUCCGGGACGCUCGGAAGAGUGCUGGGACAGUCCCUCGCCGGCUGUGGCACCGGAGAGCGCAGGGUACAGCCUGUACGCCCGCACACGCCUGGGCUACCUCUUCUACCAGCGGCAGGUGAAGAAGGCGCGGGAGCGGUACCCGCACGGCCACUCCGUGCCCCAGCCCUACUGCUUCCCUGGGGUGAAAAUCCUGCCCAUUCCCGUACUCUCCAACAACUACAGCUACCUGGUCAUCGACACUGGCUCCAGCCAAGCGGCCGUCAUCGACCCCUCUGACCCGCUGGCUGUACAGGCUGCCAUUGAAGAAGAGGGGGUGAUGCUGGAAGCCAUAUUCUGCACACACAAACACUGGGACCACAGCGGAGGGAACGAGGUGCUCUGCCAGAAGCACAGCUCCUGCAGGGUGUAUGGCAGCGCUCUCGAUGCCAUCCCACGGCUCACCAACCCACUUGCAGACAGGGAGAAGGUGACUGUGGGCUGCCUGACCUUCGAGGCUCUCGCCACUCCUGGGCACACUGUGGGCCACAUGGUCUAUGUGCUGGACGGGGGCCCCUUUGGCAGCCCUCCCUGCCUCUUCUCCGGGGACCUCCUCUUCCUCGCUGGCUGUGGCAGGCCGUUUGAGGGCUCCCCUGAGACCAUGCUGGCCUCCCUGGAUGUGGCCGUGAGCUUGGGUGAGGACACGCUGCUUUGGCCAGGCCACGAAUACGCACUGGAGUGCCUGACCUUCGCCAGCCUCCUGGAGCUGGACAAUUCCGCGCUGGAGCAGAAGCUGCAGUGGGCGGUGCAGCAACGCCAGGAGAAGAGGAGCACGUGCCCCUCCACGCUGGGGGAGGAGCAGACCUACAACCCCUUCCUGCGGACCCACCGGCCCGAGCUGCAGGAGGCCCUGGGACUGUGGCAGGCCGGGGGGGAGGACCCCGACGCCUUCCGUGCCCGUGUCCUCAAGGAGGUGCGGAGGCGCAAGGACCUCUACCAAGCCACCUAGAUCUGCCCCCCACUCCCUGGGCCCCCCCUUUCCACGGGGCUGGGUGAUGGUUGGGCACAGGGGGCCCAAGACUGUCUGGUUUGUUUUGCUGUGAAUCUCCCUCCUGGGGUGCAGGGUUGGGGGAGGGGGAAGAGUGGACACCCCCUUAAGUGGGCACCCCAUAAGUGAUCCUUGCCUUUGCUCCCUCGAACUUGGGGGUCACCAGCUGUCACGUAGAAGCACCUCAAUCCCCUCUCGGGGGGUCUGUAGCCCCCCACCUCACUGCUGGGGCUAUAGAAAUGGCACCAAGGGCUUCUCCUACAAUCCUUCCCCCCACUCCCCCGUUUUUCUGGGAGUCUCCACUUUCCCCUCCACCACCACCCCCUCUCUCAGCCCCCUCCCCUUAAGCCCCCAGUGUUGUGAAUCUCCUUUGUGGGGGCUGGGAUGGAGCCAGCAAGGGGAGGCGGGCCGGCAGUUCUACCUCCAGGCACGGGGCUCCCAUCCUUGACGCCGGAGCCCCCCUGUACGCACACACACGCACGCACACACUGGGACGGGGCCAGAGGGUCGCACUGCUGGGGUAUGGGCGGUGCUGCUUCGCUGGGGAUCGGAGCCACAAUCACCCCCACGCCCCAAAUAAAAGACUGGAUCAAUUUUA